CCCCGCCCCCCAGCCAUGGCGCCGCUGCGCUUCGCCGCCAACCUGCAGUGGCUGUUCGCCGAGGCGCCGGGCGGCGGGGCCGGGGCCGGGGCCGGGGCCGGGGCCGGGAGCGGGCUGGGGCUGGCGGCCGUGGCGGCGCGGGCGGAGGCGGCGGGCCGGGCCGGGUUCCGCGCGGCCGAGCUGCCCUGGCCCUUCGCCUGCGCCGCGCCCGACCUGCGCCGCGCCCUGGAGCGCGCCGGCCUGCGCCUCGUGCUGCUCAACACGCCGCCAGGGGCGGCGGCGCGCGGCGAGAUGGGGCUGGGCGCCGUGCCCGGCCGCCAGCACGACUUCCGCCAGGGGCUGGCGCUGGCCGUGCGCUACGCCCGGGAGCUCGCCUGCCCCAGGAUCCACAUCAUGGCCGGGCAGGUGCCCGAGGGCGCGGACCGGGCGGCGCUGGCUGCGGAGAUGGAGGCCACCUUCGUUGACAACCUGCGGCACGCGGCCAGCGUCCUGGCCCAGGAGGACAUGGUGGGGCUGCUGGAGCCGAUCAACACGCGCAUCACUGAUCCCCGCUACUUCCUGAGCACGCCCCAGCAAGCCGCUGCCAUCCUGGAGCAGGUGGGGCAGCCCAACCUGAAGCUGCAGCUGGAUGUCUUCCAUCUCCAGAUUAUGGACGGGAACCUGACGCGCAACCUGGAGACCUACUUCCCGCUCGUCGGUCACAUCCAGAUUGCACAGGUGCCAGCGCGGCAGGAGCCUGACACCCACGGGGAGGUGAACUUCCCCUACCUCUUCCAGCAGCUGGAGUCGCUGGGCUACACGGGCUACGUGGGGUGCGAGUACACCCCGCGAGGGGACACAGCAGAAGGGCUGGGCUGGCUGCGGGAGUACUGGCAGAGCCGGGGCCUAGAGCCCAGUGGCAGCAUCCUGUAGGGGCUGGUGGCCAGUGGCCCAGGACCCCCGCACUGCAGGCACAGGCACAAUAAAACACAAGCAAAA